GUGUCGCAGGAUUUUAAUGUCACACACUCGCGUCGUUAGCCUUUAGCCGCUCGGCUAAUCGCCGGUCACCAACAUCAAUAUGACGCUCACAUUCUGUUAUUAAUCGGAAAUUAAGAAACCAGUAGGGCUGGAUGGGAUAGACGGCGGGUCUUUACCUGGAGAGGGACACCGCCUUAGUGAGACACACAUUGGCCUUGCUCCUCCAGCCACAUGAACCAAGAUGCCUCAGAACAUCCUCAAGAGCACUCAUUACAUCGAGCUGGGCAGCUAUCAGUACUGGCCCGUGCUCGUGCCCCGAGGAAUCCGGCUGUACACCUACGAACAGAUCCCAGUGUUCCUGAAGGAGAAUCCCUACAUCACGGAUGGAUACAGAGCGCACCUGCCGUCCAAACUGUGCCUCAAAAGCAUAUUCAUCCUGUCCAACGAGAGCGUGAACAUCUGGAGCCAUCUGCUCGGGUUCCUGCUGUUCUUCUCGCUGGGAGUGAAUGACAUGGCCACGGUCCUGCCGUCCGCGGGGGCUUCUCGAGAGGACUACGUCAUUUACUCGAUCGGACUGUUUUGUUUCCAGGUCUGCAUGCUGUGCUCCGUGGGCUAUCACUUGUUUUGUUGUCAUCGCUCGGAGAAGACGUGCCGCCGCUGGCUUGCUCUGGACUAUGCUGGAAUAUCUGUGGGCAUUUUGGGAUGCUAUGUGCCUGGAGUCUUCUAUGCCUUCUACUGCAACAGUUUCUGGAGGCAGGUGUACCUGCUGACGGUGCUGGCUCUCAUCCUGGCCGUGUUCGCGGCUCAGAUUCAUCCGCUCUACCUCACGCAGCAGUGGAAGAAGCUGCGCUCGGCCAUGUUCUGCUCGGUGGCCGGGUACGGCAUCAUCCCGGCCUGCCACUGGGUCUGGCUCAACGGAGGAUUCCACUCCGAAAUCGUGAAGGUGUUUUUUCCUCGAGUCAUGGUCAUGUAUCUGAUUGCCGCCUCGGCGUUCCUGUUCUACGUCAGUAAGAUCCCAGAAAGAUACUUUCCAGGCCAGCUGAACUAUCUCGGAGCCAGUCAUCAGCUCUGGCAUGUUCUGGUGGUGGUCAUGUUCUACUGGUGGCAUCAAACCGCCAUCUACAUCAUGAAGUACAGACACAACCAGCCCUGCACGGACUACAGCAGUCAUGGCUGAACGGUUAUAGAAUCACCUGUUCAACGUAGUCAUUGGGGUUUUGUUUGGCAUUAUUUUAAGUUAGAAUCAACUAAACUUUACCUCUCAUUGGCCUUCGAACACCCUACUGUGGGGUAACGUGCAUCGAAAAUCACGUCUGGAGCAAUCAUAAAUAUUCUCUGCUGGAUAUCAAGUGUCUUUGUCUGUUACUUCAUGUAGUUUGUUUUCUAUCGAGCCUUUUUCUCAUGGUACCAUUGGGUUUGUGAAACUAUACAUAUGACGCUAUGACUUUUCUGGAAUGUCCUUAAUUGAAAUGCUCUUAACUAUCACUGUUCUCUGACUGAUGAAUACUACGGUAAUACUGAUUUUAGUGUUUGUUAAAGGGACUUGUUUUGAAGUAUUAAACACAUUUGAGUUCAUGUGUAAAGCAGCACUGGAAAAUGGGCAUUUAAAUGACCAAGAAAGCAUUACUUUAGUAGUUUUUGUGAACAAAUGGGUCAAAAUCACUAUACUUGCACUGAAUUGAUUAUAAACAUAUAUCAGGUUCUAGCCUACAAAAUCUUUUGUGCGUUUCAUCUCCUCCUUUUUAAACGUGUCUUGUUGCUCGUUUUUCUUUGAGUUGCCGCAAACGGCUUGUCUGAAUAUGAAUUGUGAAACUGAAUAAAAAAAUCUUGUUUGUACUCGU